AUGGUGAUGGUGAUGGGGAUGGUAGAGGCAUUAAUGGUGGUGUGGAUAGUGUUUAUAAUGAUCAUGUCAAGUAGUGGUGGCGGCAAUAAUGGUGGAGGGUGUGGUAGUGAUGGGCAUGGGGAUGGUGGUGACAAUGGUGGUAGAUGUCAUGGUGGUUACAAUAUGAUGGUAGUAGAGGUGGUAAGGGUGAUGGUGGCAAUGGUUGUGGUGGUGGCGGCGACGGUGGUCAAUAGCUUUCCGGAGCACUUAAUCGCUUUGAGUGGAAAUAUGACUUUUUGGUGGAAUUUAUGUGCAAGCAAAAUUGGAGAGUGA